UUUCAAGAUGCGUUUCUCCCUUGCUUCCGCCGUCGCCGUCAUGGCUGGUUUCUCUGCUACCGGAUCCGCUUUUGUAAUCGACACCUUCAGUGGCACCAACUGCGACAAAUCCGUCCAAAAGGGCGUCAACACCUGGGACAACACCUGUGCGACUUGGCCCAAAGGUUUCAAGUCUUUCAAGAUCACAACCUGGGGCGGCAAGGGUCAGUACGCAUACUUCUUCGCGCCGAAUAACUGCGGAAGCCUUCCUGGGGCUAUUAAAGGAGGCUAUGUGGAUUCCACAACAAAGACUUUCAAGCUUGGACAUUGCUAUAACUUCAAUGGCGCAUCUGCCAAUGCAAUUGCUUCGUACUCUGGGUGA